AUGACACAAAAGGGACGGUUCAAGUUCCAGUCCUCAGCAAAGGUCGCAAAGUCAGUAAAUGCAGUUCCAUUCGAUGACAUUUUAGCCUUCAAAUCCGACGAUGCGAGGGGAUGUUUUGGUAUUACGCUCAGGAAUCUCCUUAGGCUCAAGGACCUGUUAAAGUACAAGCAGGAACUAAAAGAGGUUCAGAGGCUUUCUCACUCAGCAAAUGAGCUUCCUUGCGAUUAUCCUGAGGGAAAUGAAGCUCUGUCCAGUGAAAACAAAGUCGUACAAGUUCUACUCGGGUGUGCAAAAGUAGCCACUCCUGUAGAACUUGAGGGUCUCUUUAGGCUACUAGCAGCCUAUUUCAAGGACUUUGGUGCAAGUUGUAGUGUACCACUUGUAGAUAUUUUAAAAAUUGUCGAACAGAAUCCAGAUGUAAACUCAAAGUCAGCCUUUUCUUUUCUAGUCACGUUUUUCAAGGCUCACACUACACAUGUAUUAAAAAACAUCGAGUCCCUUAUAAAGGACUUUUUGCCGUGGUUGAACCAUCGCAAUGGGCUCAUUAGACGUCUCUCCAUGGAGUCUCUCGGUAUACUCCUCAGGAGGUCCAAUUCGUCCACAAUCGAGAAUAUUAUCGCAUUCUGCAUCCACAUGGAUGGAUCAGAAAAAAUUAUCCUAGCAAUGAUACAAAAUAUUGAUGGAAAUUUUACAUCCAAGAUGGAACACAUUUUUGUCUUUAUACUCACAAGAUUGGUAGAUUGUAAUCCCGAGUCUCAAGGUGAAAAUGUGGAAAAGGUUGUAGAUGUAAUGAGAAAAUGUAUCGCGUCAAUGAAGGUUUAUUCAAAGGGGAAACAAGUUGAUUUGGCCUGGUUAAACAAUUUGUAUGAUGAACAUAUUUUUAAACUUUCACAGGAUCAAAUUGCCGUUCCAUCAUUCAGAUCUCUUUGUAUUGUCCUAGAGCUCUGUCUAGAGAUGUUUAUCAGCUUUAAAUAUGCGGGUUACAAGGGUUUGAGUUCCUAUCCACUGAUUGCAGAUGGAGUCCUAUUUUCCGUCCUUUUGAAGGAUUUUGUGGUACCCCUCAUUAUAUUUUCCAAGGAAAAUGCAGUUUUGUUUGAAGAAAUCUGUACCAUGCUUCUCAGGGUUGUAAGGUCAUCAACAGAGGCUACAAGAGUUUUGGAUAGAGAUUUUAAUGCAGUAAUUGAGGCUAUUGACUACAAGUGCGCAAGUGGUGGGAACAUGAAUCCAUUCCUCUCCUUAUUCGAGUGGAGAUUAAAGAGCGAUGAAAUUGAGCAGAUUUCUAGUGUACUUGUGCUUUUUGCAAAAAUAUUCAAUGACAGGGAAGUCUUUCAUCCGUUCCUCAUUAAUCCUUCAAUUGUCCAGAGGAUUGUCUCUUUUAUUCGUGUCAUCCUGAAUGAUAUUAGCGCCUCUAAUUUAGAGAAUGGGUCUGCACCUUUUUCCCUGGAAGGGAAGAUAAACAAUCUAUUCUCUUGCACAAGUGGACUGUAUUGUAUAUUCAACGUGAGGAAAAGGCUAAAGUCUGCUCCUCCACUUGUUGUGGAUGACGCAUUGCUCUCGGAAAUUUUGGAAGUUUGUCUGAGAUCCUUUUAUACUCUUGAGGAUAAAAGAGUGGUGAUCAAGUUGUAUGCGAUAACUUGCGACAUGGUUAAGGAAAGGUCCGAGUACAUUACAAAACUCUUGUCUCUAGUUCAGGAAAAGGAUGAAAUGUUGAAUAAUUGGACCUUGAUUGAAUUUCUUCACAAGAAUUUUACAAACGAAAUGCAUAACAUUGUUCAAAAGGUUGUGACUAAGCUCCCAUGUGAAGAUGUACAGUUGCGCUUGAGUAUCAUCAUGUUUGUGCAAAAGUAUCUAAUUAGCAGAGAGAUUCGUUCUAGCGCCUAUCUGGAGCCCCUGUUGGAAUUUGAAACACUUUCAAACACGGUAGCUAAUGGCAGGAAAAAAUGUUUGCUAAUGCAAAAGUCUGUAAAUGUGCUUGAUGUUACAGAAUUUAAGGGUGCUGGUGCUAAAAGUGAUGACAUUGCAUUUGCCGUAAAUUUCAUAACGAGGAUUCUCGUGAGUCAAUAUUUUGUAAAGUUUUCUCCACUAUGGCAAGGGUGUCGCGAGGCCCUCUCUAUGCUGGCUCCAAAGAUAAAACCGGUACCUCACGGUGGAAAAUUAGUUGUUGGUAUUUGGGAUUGUCUUUUUGAGCAACUCGAAAAUCUGGAAAGGAGUAAAGAGGCAUUUCCUGAGUUACCAAAAAUACUAGAGGAGGCUAUAGGCUAUGAAAGGUGUGAGAGGACGGAUGCAACAACUUUGCAAUCCCAACUCUUGCAAAUUAUGUCGCAUUUGAUUUCUGAAAUCAAGGAUAGAAACUCCAAGAUACAACAACUUGUGGAUUACACGUACCAACAAUUUAUAAAUUCCAAGUUGGAGCUCCAAAAGUAUCCGAUUGCAGCUGUUGCAAGUUUAUUGCAAAAGUAUAACAGGGAUAUUGGUGACCAUGAGCUACUAUCCAUAUGCCUCUCGGAUGCCAUCCGAUCCAAUGAUCCAAAAAUACGUGAGAAUGCAGUGAUUGUAAUAUCUUCAAAGUACAAGGGUAUAGAUGUAAAGAGGUUGUGUGAAUUAGCGUCUGGCGGUUAUACACAAAUUUUAAGCUUGACAAAGACCGCUUUCGAGUAUUCUUUGGAAGAACCCUUUGAACUUUCAACAGCUAUAGAAAUUAGACUGCUGGUACCAAGAAUUAUCCAGCACACAAACGUAGCCCAUGGUGUUCCAAUAAUUGACUAUUUCUCAUCAUUUCCGCCAAAAUUUGUCAACAUUGUACUCUUGGAACUUCUUCCACAAGAGUUUCAGGAUAGUUUUCUCAAUAACCUUUCCAAGGGUGGUAAUGAUGAUUAUGGAACAUUAAUGGGAAUUAUGGACUACAAGCAACAGCAUGGAUCGCUUCCUCAAGUUUUAACUACGCUUCAUCUACUGAUAAAGCGUCUCAUGAAACACCUAACUGAGCAAUCAAUCUGUAUAAUGAAGUUUUGCUGCAGCCUCUUGGAGAGUGAUAGGGACUCUCCUAUCAUUGUAGAGCGUGUUUUUAAGAUAAUGGUUGAACUUGUAGAAGUAUAUGAAGGGAAAAGGCAAGAGUUUCUCUCUAUUCUUUCAUCAGUGCCGGAACUUGUUGUGCAUUACAUUAAAACUACUGCCCUGUCACUACCGUUUCUUCUCUGUUGGACUUGCAAGGGAGAUUAUAUCGCUGAAUUUUGCACAAGAGUCAUUCCUGAUGUCUUCCCGAGCAUAUUCUCUGGCAAACUUUCCAAUCAAAUAUUGCAAUUGGCAAAUGACAUUUACAGUGAUGCUACAAUUUUAGCAUAUGCUCAAGCCUCGGAUUCUCAAAAUCAUCCAAUGUUUGAAAUCAUGCUGAAAUCCGCUGAACCUCUUUUGGACUCACUUGCAUCAUUGUAUAGUUCGAGUGGAGCAAUCACCGAAUUCAACAUAAUAAAGGGGAUUACAUCUCUACCAUUGGCUCCUUCUGUAAAGGCAAAGGCUCUGAAUAUACUAAUCAGUUGUCUACCUGGAAGAGAUGCCAUGACUGGCAAAAAGUUCAAAAGUAACAAGGUGCGUGCUGAAAAGUUUAAAGAGUGGAGGAAAUUGUUGGAAUCGCUCUCCUUUUGUAUAGCCAUGAUAAAGGAUGAGGAAAUGGUUGACAGGAUUUGGGGGUUUAUAAACAAUUGUCUCACCUUUGUAGGUGAAAUGGAGUGCAGACGCUUAGCUUCUUCCAUGUUACCUUUGCUACCGUCUCAAGAAAGGGGAGUAGGGUACUUGGGAGAUGUUUUAUACAAGAUGAAUGCUACAAAGAGUAGAUCUGUGGACGCAAAAUUGGACCUUGAUCUAAAUGUUGAACUUAUUUCAGAUGUUGUACAAGAAAUUGAAAAUGAUGUAUUAUCCUUGAAAUGUCUCCAUACGAUCCAAGUUCACGCCUUGUUUGUGAUUUGGCAUAACCACAGGGACCCAGGAGUUCGCCGCUCAGUUGCUUUAUUGACCAGUGCCGUAAUGAAGAAAAUUUUUGAAGCGUUACGGAGCCAGACUUCUUCUUUGGAGGGCAUACAAGCGCAUGCAGCAGAAACUUCAAUACUCUCCCAAUCCAUCUUUCCCUUUAUAAGGAGAUGUUUUGGUAGUGAUAAAUCUGACGAUGCUUUAGUUUGUUUUUCAAUAGAAGUUUUGGAGGAUUUCGCAACUAUAUUCAGUACGGAUCAAAAGAUGAAGGAAAUUCUGACAAAUAGACUCCACAGUGACUUGCUGGGAAACGUUGCAAUUGUGGAAUGUCUAAAGAGUCUGAGGCAGUUGCAAAAGCAUAAACGUUGCAAGGGUCUAAAGCAGGUGCAAAAUAUGGUUGGAUCGAACGUUUUUUCGCGCAACACAAUUUCAAAACUUUUCAUACCUCUCUGUCUAAAGUUUCUCGUUCAAUCGCAUGCGGUCAGACAUCCUGGCCUCUCUGACAUGUCCAAGGAAUGUAUCAUUGUGCUUUCAAAAUCGCUAUCUGCACUCUCCCUAGUCAAGUUCUUAAAGAAGUUGGUGAGCACCUACGAUAGCUCCCGACUCUCUAUUGUGCUCAAGAUUUUUUCUAGGGUCCUACAGAACAUUGCAGAGCCCACAUUCUUUAACUCCCUUGCUACUGCGCAGAGUGCAGACACUGUGAGUAAGCACAGGGGACCAGAGGUCCUGGACAAGAUACUCUUGAAGUUAAAGAAAAUGUCGGUAAAGAACACGAAUAAAAAGGCUGGGCAGGUACCAGUUCCAGAGGUAUUUGAAUCUGUUGGUUCGCUCCUAUUCUAUUUUGAUGGAAUGAUUGUGACUCGGGAAAUCACCAAACAUUCUAGAAUAUUGAGUAAAUUUCUAACUUCUAGGGAUAGAGAGGUGCGAAGAGCUGCAAGAGUGUCUUUAAUUAACAUUCUGAAACCAUUGCCAUUUAAUUACGCUUCAUUUGUUGUCAAGGAACUUUCACUAAAUCUCACAAAGGGGUUCCAAUGCCCAGUACUCAUCUUCACAGUCUACUCAAUCAUGCAUUCAGUCUUGAAAAACAAUGAAGGAGCAAUGCUAACCACAAAGGAUGAGAUUUAUAGAAUGUUUGAAAUGAUUGCUGAUGAGCUCUUGAGAAUGCAGGAAAAGGAUGACUCACUCUCGAAAAUUGAUGAGGCUAGACAUCCAAGGGCGUGCAAUUUAAUUUCCCUAAUUUGUCAGUAUGGAGAUUUGCAAGUUGCCUUUACAGUUGUAUCUUUUCUACUCUCAAUGUUGAGUGGUAAUCUCAAGAUUAACAGGGAAACUUACUUUGAAUACUCCAAUAAAUUCUUGCGACGCGUAGAGCAGUUAAUUGCAUAUGCAACCUCUGGGUUUAUUUUAAAUCCGCAACUUGAUCUAAAGACCCUAAUGUACAAGUUAUUCUUUUCAAUGAUCUCCACAAUCUCCGGUCUAGACAAGGCAUUGGUGGCAUUUCCAAAGGAUGUUACAUUAUCCUUCAACUCUUUUGUUCAGGGAGAAUCUGGGUCCUUUUCAGAUGUUUUAGAGCUCAAGGCUGAAAAGAAGAAGCCUGGAAAAGAGGAAAAGAAAGAAUCUCUGCCAAUUUCAUCUAAAAAGGAAGAUCACUACACAUUAUAUCCAGGUGCAGCCACUGGGAGGUCUUUGGGAGUUGCAACCGCAAAGUAUGGGUUUGAGAGACACAUUUAUGCUCCCAUGCUUGUGGACAUGUCUCUGCGCAUCUUUUCUCAUUUGCUGAGCAAGGGACUUCCAGAGGAAAACAAAGAGCUUGAAAUGUGCGAACUUGGAGUAUUGACUUGCUUCAUGUGUGAAGAUGUAAAGGUGCAGAGGACUUCGGUUGGAUGUCUCUUUAGUUUGUGUAAACAGAAACCGGAUCUUGUUCGUCGUUUCGGUAUUUCGCUUGCAGACCAUCUGGUUGAUCGCAUAGGUUCCCUGCAGUACAUUGGAUCUGAACAUUUAGCAAAGGAUUGCGUAAGAUUGGUUUGUAUAUUCUUCAAGUCAAAGUUCCAUGACCUAUUAUUUGAGGCGUGGGAAAAGAGCAAUAGACCAAGUGGACUCGUUGAAGCUAUACUACUGCAAAUUGAAACAAACAUGCACCGCCCAUUACUGCAAACACCUCUGCUAAAACUUUUAAUCAUCAUGCUCCAGCUUGAGACAAUGGCUAAAACAUUUGAUAAACAACUUUAUGCGGUCUCUGACGAGGUUUUGGUUAAAAUGUUAAAGGGCGACAUUUCGCAAAAGGACUCUUCAAUGGCUCCUAAAGCAGUUGCUUAUGCUCUGGUUCUUUUGCCCAUGGAGGAGAGUUUCCGUUCAAAAUGGGUUGGAAUGCUAGUUAAACACAUUAAUGCCAGCAAUCCGUACGUUCGCUCCCAUGUUCUCCAAACGCUGGCAAUACUAUUGAAGGAACUGCCUCCAGAUGUUACCUGGAAGCGCUAUGCUCUCAUGUUUGCAGUGGCACUUUUGGACCAGUUGAUAAGGGACUAUAAUGACAAGUGCAGAGACCAAAUGGUUUCCCUCAUUUCCAUCAUUUGGAACAUUGGAUCAAUUGAGAAUAAAAACGAGCUCGUUGACUGCAUUUCCCAUUUUGGAAAAAAGAAGGAGAAACAUAGUGAAACCUACUUUGCCUACUUUGCAUUCCUCUGUAUAAAGCAGGAAGAGACAAUGAGUGCGAUUAACAAGUUGAAUGUCUUGACAUUGGCCCAGGAUUUUAUGGGAGUAAUUUUGCAUGAAGAUGCUUCGUCUCACGACGGGGAAUGGCAGUAUGUUUACUAUUGGCUGAGAGUUUUGGAGCAUAUACUGACGAUUGACGUUAGAAUGGACAAUUUCCAAAAGGUUUGUAAAAACUUUUCAACCGCAGUUUGGAAUUUUGCCAUACAAUCUGGAACAAGUUCAAAACACCCAUGGAUAAGCGCAGCCUCUUUGCGAAUACUCUCUCUUGUACUAUCAUCCAAAAAGGCUACUUGCGCGUUACUCAAGGACUUUGAUUCCACGUGCGUUGGAAUGCUAAAACCGUGCUUUAAAAACUUUUCAAUUCAUUCAGACGUUGUAGAACGACACAGAAAAGUUGCAGAGUCCUCGGAAUCUGUCAUUAUAAACACCGUAAAACUCAUUGCUGGAGAAGGAGAUGCCAAAAACUUUUCAAAAGUUGCCUCAAAGCUCUGCUAUCUACUCAGGUGUAGUAUGGGUAGACGGUCAGAAUGCAAAGAGAGGAGCGAGCGUCUUUUAGGUAUAAUCGGCCACAUUGUAAAGAAUGAAGAGUUCUUGUACGACUCAAAGCAAAGGGUCACGCUACUCAAAAUGAUCAUAUCCAUCUUUAGAGUAGCACACGCCAAAGAAAGCGAUUCAUCAUGGAAGAGAUUUAGAGUCGCAAAAACGGAAUCGCAAAAUGCAGACUUUGCACAGUCUCUCCUCACAAACAUGGAAGACCGCUUUGCCGCCGAUGGGAACUCUACAGAGUACCUCAAACUACUCAGCUUUGCAAGAAAGUUUGUACUCGGAUCAAGGCUCGUCAGGAAAAAGAAAAUUGCCAUCGCCCUAGCAACCAACCAAAAACGAGCUGCUCUCCGCAAAAUCAACAGGCAUAAACGAAGGAAGAGGUGA